UUUACCUAACGGCCAAUAAAAAAAUGUCGAAUUUAAUUAGCAAUGAUACGAUUGUAGAGUCAAUAUUUAAAUAGUGUUUUUAGAAACUUGCCAUUUAAUUGUAAAUGCGAGCAUAAUGCACCUUAAAUCGUUUUCCUGCGAUAAGAGCGCCAAUUAUUUAGGCUUGCGAGGUAUUUAACGACGAGUACAACCAAAUUUUGAAAUCAUUCGGUUUUUGUUUAGCCACGGAGUAGUUAUUCUGCACGCAAACAUCGAGAAUGGUCGCCUUAAUAAUUUCUAUAAUUACAGUUUUCUUCCUAAGCCAAGUGCUGGCGCAAGACCAAAAUGUAUUGGAGGUUAAUGGACGAGAAGGAGCCAACAAUACGACACUAAUGGAUGUGCAUAUUAGACUCUUCAACGAGCUGCUUCGCCAGGAAUCAUUGUCGAAGAAGAAUGUGGUAGACAGUUGGUACAGUUCUACCAACAGCAAUCGGGAUGCCUCGAAUGAAUUAGAGAAUAUUUUGUGGGACACGGUAGAUAGUUGUGAAUGGCCACUCGCACUGUAUUUAAUCGGUCAAUUCACGAAUAACACCCAAAACUCUACUGUGCAUUAUAUUGCCUUCAAAGUGUUGUGGCGAAAAUUAAAAGCAAAUAAAAUGCUGUACGAUCCCAGAAAUGUCAUCGAUUUAUAUUUGGCAAUGAGAAAUAUUACGCUGGAAGAGCACGGCAUUCACAAUCUAGGACAGUUUCAGUUACUUAAGAAGGAAGUUCGCGGAUAUCUCAUUGAGCGUAGUGCCCAAUUGCUUGAAGUGCCACUGCACCCCGCCAAUUAUAAUGAUACAAAUAUCAUUUGCGCCAACGACACAAGUUAUCCUCUAGUACGCCAGGUGAUCAGCCAAUUGAAUCAAUUGGAUGAAGAUAUUUUUGAGGAAGUUUUGAAUGUUACAUUCGAUGCUGCACAGCUGUUGGAAAGCGAUAGGAGUGUCGCAAAUGCACUCAAUUGUUUGGGAUUAAACUCGAAUCAACGGCUAAUAGCGCAUUUAACAUUUUUAAACAGAAAUAGCGACUUUCAACUGCUAUUGUACAGUGAUGUUCAGCAACUCUUAAGCGAAUGUGACAUGGGCAAGUUGCUGCCAAAGUACUUGAAGCAAAUCAGUGAUUUCAUGCCGGAAUCUAUGGUUGCAUUGCACAAAGCCAGCGCUAUUUGUAUUCAUAACACUACUGGCAGCUUUGGCUACCUAAGCGAGUGCGCACAAACGGCUUUGAUGUGCACGUAUUCCAGUGGGUACAAGUAUCGUUCAGUUUUCCAAAUAGAGCGUCUUCUGGGCAACAGGUAUACUUUCUAUAGCACAUUUUGGAUGCGCUAUAUAAAGCUGGAAACAAAUUAUUCCAAUAUCAAUAGCUCUAUGCCACCAGCAUUCAUUAAAAACGUGUACAGCUCAGAAUCGCCAAGCGUAUGGCAGGCAGUAUUUGUUGGAAAUAGCGUCGCGUUGAUGGACGCCAGUAUGCGUCAAUACCUUUGUGGCGGUAAUCAAACAAUGUGGAGCAAAUCAGAGCAGUAUGUAUAUACACGCCGAGUGGAGGACUUUCAGUUGUAUAAAAACGAGUGUCUCUGGCUGAUAGAGGACUGCAGCUACAUGAUCUAAAUGGUGAUGAGAAAACAGUAAAAUUUGCUUAUUGAAUCAUAUAGAAUAUAUAUAAAUAAAGCGUAUUUUAUAAUGCUAGUAAAUACCUUGAAAACCCCGCAGGUAUCAAAUCUUUGAAUUGUCAAAAGUGAUGUUAAAUAAGGGGCCUGAUGCAUAAAAAGUUAGCAGAAGCUCUGAUUGUCUCACUGAUGGAGUGAAC